AUGACGUCCAUCUCGAUCUCCCAACCCGCAGCUCCUGCUGCAUCGCUACCAAAUCUCCGGGAGAGGCUACCCAAGCUCGAGCCUAGAAAGAAGCGAGCGGUCCCUGCUGGAUCCCAGCCAGUCCCGUCCACGCCGUCCCUGCCGCCACCGCCAACGGCGUCAACGCUCUCGUACCAGGUCCCUUCGAGGCGGAUUCUCUCUACUAAGGACCAUGAUCUGUUCCUGUCGUCGCUUACUUACGACUUAAUCCUAGCCUUCGUGUUUGGGCUGUCCGAUGCUGUCACAGACACCCCAACAUCGGACCUCAAGGAUGCUGACUGCAGCCCCGCCGUCAAGAACCUCGUGGCGAUCCUGGACGAGGCCGAGGCGCUGGUGCUCGCGACACCCCCUGAGGACGCUGAAGGAUCACGAUUCGGAAACAAGCUGUUCCGCACAUUCUUGGACAAGGCUAAGAGUGCGAGUCCGUCCUGGCAUUUGAGUCUCGGGUUGUCUUCGCCAGAGGCGAUCGCCGAGGUGGAGACAUAUCUCAAUAACUCGUUUGGCAACCGUUCGCGCAUAGAUUAUGGCUCAGGCCACGAGCUCAACUUCGUCAUGUGGCUUCUUUGCCUUUACCAGCUGCAAAUCAUCCAGAAGUCUGACUUCAAGGCUUUGGUUCUCCGUGUGUUCAGCCGGUACUUGGCCCUGAUGCGGGCGAUUCAGUCAACUUACUAUCUCGAGCCGGCUGGCUCUCAUGGAGUCUGGGGUCUUGACGACUAUCAGUUCCUGCCCUUCUUGUUUGGAGCAAGCCAGCUCCUGCACCAUCCAUUCAUCACUCCUCUUGCGAUACACCAAGAGCUGACCCUGGAGGAGUUUGGGCACGACUUCCUCUACCUUGACCAGGUCAACUUUGUCAACAGCACAAAGACUGUUCAGGGGCUCCGAUGGCACAGCCCUAUGCUCGACGACAUCUCCUCGGCGAAGAGCUGGACCAAGAUCGAAGGUGGCAUGCGCAAGAUGUUUGUGGCUGAAGUGUUGCGGAAACUGCCCGUCAUGCAGCACUUCCUCUUUGGAUCUCUGAUACCGGCCGUAGCCGACAUGAGCGAGGAGCCCGCCGGCGGUGCUGACGAUGCUGACGAGGCCGACUCUGGAGACGUAUGCGCUGCGCAUGGUGGCGUCAAACACGCACAUAAGCUCAACAGCUGGGGCGACUGCUGCGGGAUCAAGGUGCCCAGUGCUCUGGCCGCGGCUCAGGCAAUGAGGAAACAGGGCGGAGGGGAGGCGCUUCGCAGGAUACCAUUUGAUUAG